AUGGAAGAUGAAAUGAAUGAAAUGAAGCGAGAAGAGAAGUUUAGAGAAAAAAGAAUAAAAAGAAAUGAACAAAGCCUCCAAGAAAUAUGGGACUAUGUGAAAAGACCAAAUCUACGUCUGAUUGGUGUACCUGAAAGUGAUGGGGAGAAUGGAACCAAGUUGGAAAACACUCUGCAGGAUAUUAUCCAGGAGAACUUCCCCAAUCUAGCAAGGCAGGCCAACAUUCAAAUUCAGGAAAUACAGAGAACGCCACAAAGAUACUCCUCGAGAAGAGCAACUCCAAGACACAUAAUUGUCAGAUUCACCAAAGUUGAAAUGAAGGAAAAAAUGUUAAGGGCAGCCAGAGAGAAAGGUCGGGUUACCCACAAAGGGAAGCCCAUCAGACUAACAGCGGAUCUCUUGGCAGAAACUCUACAAGCCAGAAGAGAGUGGGGGCCAAUAUUCAACAUUCUUAAAGAAAAGAAUUUUCAACCCAGAAUUUCAUAUCCAGCCAAACUAA